UAUCACAGCGGUGCACUGUGGGUACGCGGUUGAUAUGACAGCGUCCAUGUAGGUGACAUGCUAAAUGUUAUCCGCUUUAGCUUUAUUGCGGCAUAACUCAUAGCAGGAUGUGGUUAUAAGAUUCCGUAUAUGAGUCAAAAUGUGGACGAAGGUACAUAAACUACAAAAAAGCAAGACGGCGAAAUAUGGAGUACCCAUGCUCCUGAUGAUCGUGGGAAGCUCUUUUGGACUGAGAGAAUUCACACAAAUUCGAUACGACGCUCAGAAAAUCCAGAGAAAGAUGGACCCUGCCCUGGAGGCCAAACUGAAGCCAAAGAAACAGUCUGACAUUCUGGAAGAGGAAUAUGAGAAACUGAAGGAAAUGAACCUCGACAACUGGAAGAACAUCCGUGGCCCACGGCCAUGGGAGGACUAGACGGAGUCCCCGGAGCGGCAGCAGCGUGCACGCCUCAGCAAGGGCUCUUAGAGGCGAGGCACCCAGGGGCAGGGCCUCUGUCCACAGGGGCAGGGCUUUCUACCUGCAUGUGUAGCAUGUAUGGCCCACACAGCGCUACCGGGACUACCGAGAUGUAUGUGUGCACGUAGUGUGUGUGAGACUCCUCUCCCGUUGUAAAUAAAUGGUGCUGCAAAUCACCAUAAGUGGUGCAUGGGGACGUGGAGAUGGACUUCAUAUCCGUGUUGUACAGCCGUUUGAUUGUUUCUUUUCACACACCAUAGUGAUUGUUCUCCAAAGACUUUCAGCAGUGGAAGAAAUUUGGUUCUAACCACUGGUCCAGUGAUGAAAGUUAAUAAAGAAUAAUGGCAUUAUUUACAUUAAUGUUG